UUGCGCAAGGAAGGCCUAGGAUCUCCAGGCUAGGACACCAAGCCCAACCGGGAGCGUCCUCCUGGAGGCGCCUCGUAGCUAGGUGACAUUAGUAAGGUCGUGCUAUCCGUUCAUCUCAGCCCGCCUCACCUGUCAUCGACAGCAGUCACCGCCUGCAGGACUGCGCCCCCGCACCCCGUCUCCUCUGCCAGGACCCGCAGCCAUGCGCAGAGCCCUGGACGUGAUGGGCAGCCGACCCCGCAGCCCCACCGCCUACCCUGCGCCCUGGUGGGCACCGCAGCCCGCAGGACCCAGUCCAGCCAAACGCCCCCGAUUGCAGGAACCCGCGGGCCCCACCGCUGACGCGCUCACCUCGGUGCUGGUCCUGGCCACAGGCUCUGCCCUGCAGCUGACCCUGGACGACGUCGACCUGCUGCUGGAGCCCUCACCGUCGUCCGUCCUGGAAGUGUCCCUCGACGGGCACACCCUCCUCCUGGUUCCCGAGGUCCUCCUGGGUCCUGUCGACCAACGCUCAGAAGAACACAGCGACCCGCCUGUCCACCUGGACCCGGCCGCUUUCCUGGACGCUCCCGCUGAGGACGUCGUUGUCGUCGUCGAGCACGGAUCCUUCGGCGCAUCUGUCCCAGAGUUCGCCGCCCCACAGGACGCCGAGAUCCACGCGCCCUGGAUGGACGCUGCAGCAGGUCAGGCCGCUGGGCUCCUCCCCUCCAGCCCCUCCGCCCAGGGCUCCAUCCUGGAGCCAGAACUUCUGGCUCCCACCCCGAGUCCAGAGAGACGCUCUCCUCGCUCCAUCUUCAACCAGGACAUGCACCUUCUGAGGCCCUUCCCCAGCUCCCCCCUCCAGCCUCUGCCUCCCUCUCCGAGUCCAGGUCCCCAGGAGCGCCCGAAGCGCCCUCCUCGCUCUCCGUGCAAGUCCCGGAGACGCCUGUGCUGGGAAUGAACCGCCUCCCGCAGUCCCUGCCACCGGCCUAGGAUACUCGUGGAUUUACCAAGAGCUACUGUGAGCCCGUGCCACCCCAGAGAUGUAGUACCUCCAUUCUUAGACAGUGAGCCACUGCAUUUUUUAUUUGGGUUUGGUGUUUUUUUAUUUUUAGGAGAAAACCUUUCUACAUCUCUGGCGAAGACGUCAAAAUCAGAUUCUGGAGAGCCUUUGCGGAGGAGAAUAACCACCC